UCCUGUAAAACGUCUUUCCCGGUACAGACGACCCCGUAAUAUACGUAUCACAGUACGUAACGUGCGUAAUAUCGUCAAAAUAUAUCACAUUUUGUUUCAUGAUGACGUAGACGUGAAAUCGUACGUGCCGACAAUCAGGACGGUAAUGUGUAUAUAUAACGAAUUAUCUGGCUAAUGAUAAAUUACAGAUUACAGAAAUGUGCAUCAGUAUCUAUAAAGGAUUGUGACUGGUUACUAUCAUUACUUUCGAACUUCAUCAUGAUGAACUUAAGAAUCCCGCAGAUCCGCUACCUCGCCGCAAUUGUGGCCACCAUAUCUCUCAGCUUUGCUUUGUAUCCAAGCAAGUCUUUAAUGGGUCAAAGUUCAAGGGUGUUCAACUUUCUGUAUUUCUUCACAUUUAUAUCACACUAUGGAGCGCAAUUUUGGAUGACGUUUGUAGCAGGACUUUUGCUGUUUUUCAAUCUACCACGCAUCUGGUUUGGCCACGUGCAGAGCAAACUGUUCCCGCUGUUUUUCUGUUUCGGGUUUGUAACGUCAUCCGUUACCAUAGCAAUCUUUGCAUCUCAUCAUAAACAUGGCAGCCACGAUGUACAACUACAGAUAGCCGCACUAUUGAUCAGUCUCGGGGCGGACUUUAUCAACGCAUUCCUUCUGUCACCCAUAAUAGUCGAAAGCAUGCUUACCCGUUUCUCCCUGGAGAAGAAAUCCGGUAAAGCGUACGAGGUCGGCUUCACAGACUUGUCCGAACUCCUUGUAAACCCAGAGUACGCAUGCGUCAAUCGGACCUUCAGAUUAUCUCACGGAUUAAGUGGAGGGAUCAAUAUGAUUGGUUUGGCGGCCAACACGUUCCAUUUGUACCACAUAGCAAUGACAAACGAUGUCUGACGUCCGAAUAGGUGGUAUAGGAAUACAGCCUUCAUUCCACUUCCGGUGCUUCCAAACAAUACCGGAAGUAAGUUCACAAAGACCCGGAACAAUCGUGUCCGUCCAGGAAGUAUCGUUCACAAAUGAUGCCGAAUUUCAACUAAAAAAUACGUUCAUGUCGAAUGAGAAAGUUUAGUGGAUAGUUUUCUUCUGGAGGACGGGUUUUGCAGAUGCAUUGUAUGCAAUGAGUUCGAUAUUGCAGGAAAAUACAAACAUAGAGGUUCCCAUGAGUGUCAGGCAGUGACGUUUGACUUCAAUGUCAACUGUGUUGUCACUAGCGUUUGUUAAAAGAUGGUUUUGUGUCUCAUUCUGACGGAUUAAAAGAGCAGGAAGUCAUCUGAAUUACUUCAUAAAUAUCGUUUGAAAUGCAAACUAA